AUGAAGUAUAUGAAUAUGGAUGCCUACCGAUUCUCCAUCUCUUGGACUAGAAUCAUACCAUCUGGCAAGAUCCAGACCGGAGUCAAUGAGCAAGGAAUCAAGUUUUACCACGACCUCCUCGAUCUGCUCGGGAAACAUGGACUGGAGCCUUAUGUGACCAUAUGGCAUUGGGAUACCCCUCAAGCCCUUGAAGCUGAGUAUGGUGGAUUCUUAAGCCGAAACAUUGUGUAA